AUGCGAGCUUCUGAGUCGAUACUUGAACGCGUUCAUGCUAUGUCAACAGUCUCGGCAUCUAUCGGACUAGGCCGACUAAGACCACUCAUCCGUCCAGGGGCGGUGCGGCUGAUGUCGACAUCAAUCAGGGAGGCGUACCUCCACACUGUAAAGGAGGCGCCUCGGCCCAACAUCCCUCCACGAACGUUCCAUCUUGUUGGCCUUGUGCAGGACAGGCUCUUCGGGAACGGCUCAGCCCAAGCAGCUGCGGAGGCGAUACGGACGUUGCAUCCUCGGCAAGUCAUGCUGGAGAUGGACCAGGCUCGAUACAAGAACGCCUUAGAGCACAUCAGCACUGGCAUGCAUCUACAGCAGCCCAAUCGAGUCGACAUAGUUAGCACUGUGCAUGGAGGGCUGAUGCUGAGGGAACUGAAGGCUUCUAUUGAGGCAGCCAAGGAAAUCAACGCCGCUAUAUAUCUCAUUGAUCGACCGUUCACAAUAACGAAGAAUAGAGUUGCCCAGAAGCUGCUCAAUCCGGUGACCUUCGGGAAUUUUCUGAAGUAUGGCAAUCGGUCUUUGGUGUUUCGGAAGGACAAGGCUAAUAGUGAGGACGUGAGGGAGUUGGACUCGUUCCUAAAGCGAUACUGUUCAGGGAUCCACAAGGUUCUCAUUGACGAGAGAAACCAAUACAUGGCUCAUCAAAUCAUAUGGAACUCUCAGCCGGGUGAAACAGUAGUUGUCAUCUGCAGCGCCAUGCAUGUACCAGGGCUUGCAAGCCUACUCCAGAAGAAGUUGGCCGAUCCCUCAGUGAAUGUUGCUGCUCCAGAAGGACUAGCGGAUCUCACCAAGAAGUCUCUACCAGUGGUCCCCUUCUUGUUCCUGUUCUAUCUAGUGUUGCCGGGGUACAUACUGUAUCUCGUGAGUGCUGGAGGAAUAGCGAUGAUAUCGCAGAAAACAAAGGGUGUGCUUGGGAUUGAGUCGAAAGAGGGAGAGGUACCAGUCGUGAGACCAGCAGUCAAAAAACUGGAGUCCAGCUAG